GAACUGGCCGAGUCCUGUCAGUCUGUGACUGUUCGCGUUCGGCGACGUAUGGCGGACGACGCCCAAGCGCCUCGACGUCCCCCGGUGGGGGCUCUGCCCCCCUGUUGUGCUCCCAUGUGUUUGAGACUGCCGCCCCCAUGCAAUCCGGACACUCUGUUGAAUAUAACGGCGAAAAAAGUGGCGGAAACGAUCCCGUUUGCGCGCAUCGAGGAGAAGUACGAUCGUAUACCGGAACCGGUCCAGCGGAGGAUCGUUUUCUGGAGUUUCCCACGAAACGAGCGCGACAUUUGCAUGUAUUCGAGCCUCUCCCGCAUCCAGAACAAUCAGGAGCCAGGCAGUUUGGCCUUUUGCAAGGGCAUGAAACUGCUGGAAACGGGCUGUGUGGAGCAAGUGCUGCAAGUUGGGUUCCACUUGAGCGGGCUAGUGACAGCUCCGAGGAGUCCGCCCCCGCCGACACUUCCAUGUGGCGACAUCGAGCCGCCCACUAAAUUCAAAGUUUCCGUUAGUUUUGAUAGAUGUAAAAUAACUGCAGUGACAUGCACAUGUGAUACGAAAGACAUUUUCUGGUGCCAGCAUGUGGUGGCUCUAUCUUUAUAUCGAAUCCGCAAUGCCGACAGUGUCGGACUCAGAGUUCCUAUAUCUGAAACGCUUUUGCAAAUGGAUCGGCAACAACUGCAAAAAUUCGUUCAGUACCUGAUCGCCGAGCACCAUACGGAGGUGCUGCCCACUGCGCAGAGACUAGCCGACGAAAUCCUGCAACAGCGCAGCGAAAUCAAUCAGAUCGCGGGCGCCCCCGACCCGACGGCAGGCGCUGCCGCAGACGACGCACACACGUGGCACCUAGACGAGACUCAAGUAUGCGAGCAGGUGCGCUCCUACCUGGCACAAGGCACCUACUACAACGCGAACAAACAGCUAAACUCGCUAUUUUCCAAGGUUCGGGAAAUGCUUCGGGCGCAAGACUCGAACGGCGCCCGAAUGCUCACGCUGAUCACCGAGCAGUUUCUCGAAGAUCCCCGACUGCAGCUGUGGAAAACGCAGGGCACGCCCAUGACCGACAAAUGCCGCCAAUUGUGGGACCAGUUGGGGUCGCUUUGGGUGUGCAUCGUGCUCAGUCCCGGCUGCGCGCCGAUGGACAAGAACCAGUGGCAGGAGCAGCUGCGCAAGUGGGUGCGAGUUGACGUGUGUCCGCCCGAAGACCCCGACUUUCGGUUGCAAUUGGUCGGCGGGCAGCGCGAUUCGUAUUUGAACAGAGACAGAGACCGGUAUUGGUACGAGCAGGACCGAGAGCGAUACUCCGAGCGGGAGAGAGAGCGCCGCGAGCGUCGCGAUCGCGAACGAGAGAGAGACAGAGACAGAUAUAACCGACCAAAUUACGCUUCAUCGGACAGUUCAAGCGACUCGGACGACGCCGAUCAAAACUACAGCCCGCGAGGCCAUAAAAGACUGAGACUAUCAGGAAGCCAUUCGAGGGGUCACAGCAAGCCGUCAUUGCCUCGCACAAUAUUUCAUAGAGCCCUAGAUGCCGUAAGCAUGUCCUGGGACAACAUGCACCUGAAAAACAUCCUGUCCAGCGACACGUACUGUUCGCACGUGCCGGACAACUCGCAUUCGAAUGGCAGCUUUAAUUCGCAAGGACAGCCCCUGUGGCACGAGUCCAUCCCUUGGUGCGCAGCUCGCGUGGAUUCCCUGCGCGCUCACGGACAAGCGGAGGCAGCGCUGCGCUUGGCAGUGUCGGUAGUGCGCACCAUGAAGCAGCAACAGUUGCAGGCGCAGCGUCACUGGCACGAGAGUCAGCAGCAGAAGCCCAGCACGUCUAGCGCACCGAGCAAUCCGCAGAACGCCAAGGGCUGCAUGUCCCGAUGUCAGGUAAAUUUGGGUAGCGAGGUAAUGAGGAUGACGCUGUCGUCGCUCAAUUGGAGACGGAGAGAGAUGGUUCGGUGGCUCGUGACCUGCGCCGUUGAGCUGGGCCUGGAGGCGCUGACGUCUCUGAUGCAAAACUGGUUUCAGUUUUUCACGGCCACUGAGGCUGCCGGCCCCGUCGCCACCACCAUCAUGUCCAGGGGCACCAUGGUUCGGUUGCAGCUCGGGUUCCAGCAGCAAGAUGAGCUGAGUUCGUGUGCUCGCACUUUGGCCCUGCAAUGCGCCACUAAGGACCCGCCCAAUUGUGCCUUAAACGCGCUGACUCUGUGCGAGAACGAGGCGCUGGCCUUCGAGACGGCGUACCAGAUCGUGGUGGAGGCCGCUUCGCAUAUAAUGACGUCGUCGCAACUCUUUACAAUCGCUCGCUACAUGGAGCAUCGCGGCUAUCCAGCCCGCGCCUAUAAACUGGCCAUGCUUGCCAUGAAGAACGUCCAUCUGGCCUACAACCAGGAUACACAUCCAGCAAUCAACGACAUUCACUGGGCGAUGGCGCUGGCCCAUUCCUUGGGAAAGACGGAAUUGGGGCACAUGGUGCCCCUGCUGGUCAAGAACGUGCAGUGCGCCACUGUUUUAAGCGAUGUGUUGCGACGAUGCGGAGCGUCCGCCCCUGGAGGACCCACCGGGCCGCCCAUCCAACCAGAUGCUAAACAUGCCUCAGCCCGGACUAGAUGCAUUCCAGGGCCGAAGCCGCUGUCCUUCGACCGACCGCCACUGCGUCCUUUACUGGAGGCGGCAGUCAACGCCUACAUCAACACAACUCAUUCCCGGUUGGCGCACAUUUCGCCCAGACACUAUGCUGAUUUUAUCGAGUUUUUGGGACGGGCCAGGGACACUUUUGCCCUCGCCCACGACGGUCAUGCCCAAUUUGCGCAUCUCAUCGAAAACAUGAAGGUGAGGCUUUAGUGGCGUAGGUUCGCACACAUUUACGGGCUCCCAAACAAUGUUUCUUAGUGGAAAAUAUUCAAAAUAAUGUCUGGGCUCCAAG